CAUGAAGAAGAACUAGUUGAUGUGAAUGAAGAAUCAUCCGGAACACAAGAUCUCAGUACAGAACCAUUAGACAUUGAUGUUAAGACUGCCGUUGUAGAGAAGAAGAAUCGACCAAAAAGAAAGGCAGCUGUUCAAGGAGAACUUGUACGAAAACUGUCAAAACAAACGUAA